UUAAUUAUUCAUUUGACGUUUAUUUGUCAUUGUGAUAAUUUGUGAUGUUAAAUUCAUAUCCCUAGUGGAUUGUGAUAAGUAUAGUUUUGUGAAACGUAAUUUUGUACUUGAAAUUAAAAAAAACCAAGUUAUAAAAAUGUCAGGUCAUAAGUAUAUCACAGACUCAAAAAAUUUAUUUUCGGAUGAUGAUGUAGAUGAUAACACGUUUCUACAAAAUUCCCGUCAAUCAUCCAACUAUUACUCAUCAUCAAACAAUGAUCCAAUGCGACAAUUAGAAGACCAACGUAUGUCAAUAUUAGAACGUAGUAAGCAAAUUGAAGAAUCCACGUUACGAAGUACACAAAAAAGUAUUGGAUUGUUACGUGAAAGUGAACAAGUUGGUAUUGCAACUGCUGAAGAAUUACAACGUCAACGUGAAAAACUUGAAUUAACUGAUAAACGUUUAGAUGAAAUUAAUUCAACGUUACGAUUCUCGCAAAAACAUUUGAAUGGUAUAAAAUCAGUGUUUGGUAGUUUAAAAAAUUAUUUAUCUGGCAAACAAAAUGAACAACAGAGUACGUCGAAUUUAAAAGAACAAUAUCCACAAUCUACAAGUAGGCCAACGAGUUUUGCUGGCAAUAAUUCGGAGGAUUUGUACAAAUCACAUCCUUUAUCACGGAUAAACGAUUUAGAUAAUGAUAUCAAUGAUGUAAGAUAUUCAAAUUCAUCGACCAGUGGGUCAAGUAAUAUACAAGCUGCUAUUAAUUCGAAUUUAGAGGAAAUGUUGAAGUCUACAAUUCAAUUAAAAGGAUUAGCUAUUGAUUUAUCCGAAGAAAUUGAUUCACAGAACGAUUUAAUCGAUAAUAUUACCUAUAAAACUGAUAAAGCUGAUCUAACUAUUCAUAGACAAAAUAAGGAGAUGAAUAAAAUUCUAAAAAAGAAAUGAAAUUUUUUAAGUAAA